AUGGGAGACGUUGCCGUGGAGUACCCGGCAAACAACGUCACGCCUCUGACCAAACUCGACGCCCUUGCCAACUUGGAUUCCCUCGAUGGUACAGGGGCUGAUGGAAAUGAUGAAUAUGCUACCCUUAAGAGGCUACAGAGACAUCUCGAGUAUAUCCAACUGCAGGAGGAAUACAUCAAGGAUGAGCAGAGGAGCUUGAAGCGGGAGCUGGUUCGGGCACAAGAAGAGAUCAAGCGCAUACAGAGUGUGCCAUUGGUCAUCGGACAAUUUAUGGAGGCAAUCGAUCAAAACACCGGCAUUGUUCAAAGCUCGACCGGUUCUAAUUACGUCGUCCGUAUCCUCUCCACUCUCGACCGCGAGAAGUUGAAGCCUUCAUCCUCGGUCGCCCUUCACCGCCACUCCAAUGCCCUUGUCGAUAUUCUUCCUCCCGAGGCUGAUUCCUCUAUUGCGAUGCUGGGUGAGAACGAGAAGCCCGAUGUGACGUACGCAGAUGUCGGUGGUUUGGAUAUGCAGAAACAGGAGAUUCGGGAGGCCGUCGAGCUGCCUUUGACGCAUUUCGAACUCUACAAGCAAAUUGGUAUCGACCCUCCUCGUGGUGUCUUGCUCUAUGGCCCCCCGGGAACCGGAAAGACCAUGCUAGUGAAAGCCGUGGCCAACAGUACAACCGCCAGCUUCAUUCGUGUCAACGGAUCAGAGUUUGUACAGAAGUAUCUAGGAGAGGGACCUCGUAUGGUUCGUGACGUCUUCCGGAUGGCUCGUGAGAACUCCCCAGCCAUCAUCUUCAUUGACGAAAUCGACGCGAUCGCCACGAAGCGUUUCGAUGCCCAGACUGGUGCCGAUCGUGAAGUUCAGCGUAUCCUACUGGAGUUGCUUAACCAGAUGGACGGUUUCGAACAAACCAGCAACGUCAAGGUCAUCAUGGCCACCAACCGAGCCGACACCCUGGACCCGGCUUUGCUGCGUCCUGGUCGUCUGGACCGGAAGAUCGAGUUCCCGAACCUGCGUGACCGACGUGAGCGCCGAUUGAUCUUCACAACCAUCGCGGCAAGGAUGUCACUGUCCCCCGAGGUCGACCUUGACGCCUUGAUUGUGCGCAACGACCCGUUGUCUGGUGCUGUCAUUGCUGCUAUCAUGCAGGAGGCUGGUCUGCGGGCCGUCCGCAAGAACCGUUACAAUAUUAUCCAAUCCGACCUUGAAGAUGCUUAUGCCGUCCAGGUGAAGACUGGACAGGAUGAUGAUCGUCCUGACUUCUACCGGCCUUCCUCCCACGGUCCUCUGACACCGCAAAGCUUCACCUGGCGGGCGCUGCUAGUCGGACUGCUAGUCGGGAUACUGAUCAGCCUUUGCAACACUUAUUAUGGCUUACAAACCGGGGCUGGUGCUCAACUACCUACUGUGUCGGCUCUUCUGGGGUAUCUAGCGAUUGGAGCACUUGCUAAAUUCAACUUUGCACCGCUAUCGAAAACUGAAAAUGUCCUGAUCGUAAGCACUGCCACGGCGACGGGCUGCAUGCCCGCUACAGCUGGAUUCACCGAGGUCAUCCCAGCGCUCGAAUAUAUCCUUGGGCCAAACGAGGGAGGCCCAUUCCGACUGGAGUAUCUGCAGUUGAUAACCUGGUCCCUGGGACUGAGUUUCUUCGGAAGAUGA